UAGUUUUUAAAAAAAUAGGAAAACAGAAGAUUUAGGGAGGAAGAAUGAAUGACUCAAACAGGAUUUUUUGGUGUAUUCUUCUGAUCAAAUUGCACAUGUCUUUAAUCGAAGGCAAAAUCCUACGAUUAUCCUGCGGAUUUUAUUCUGAUUUCUCAGUGGUGUAUAAACAGUCUCGGCUGGCGAUCGGGAUCCUUACUACAAUUCAAGUCAAAGAUGAUCUUGACUGUGUUGAAAAAUGUAUUUUGAACGACGCUUGUCAAUCCAUCAAUUAUAGUGAUGAUACGAAAUCAUGCGAGCUGUUAAAAAAUACAAUCGUCGGGGAUGGCUACAACGCUACGUUUGCUGAUUCUUGGACACAUUAUGAAACUGAUCCUACUAAUGAAGAGGUAAACAAAGGAACGAACGAACGAACGAACGAACGAACGAACGAACGAACGAACGAACGAACGAACGAACGAACGAACGAACGAACGAACGAACGAACGAACGAACGAACGAACGAACGAACGAACGAACGAACGAACGAACGAACGAACGAACGAACGAACGAACGAACGAACGAACGAACGAACGAACGAACGAACGAACGAACGAACGAACGAACGAACGAACGAACGAACGAACGAACGAACGAACGAACGAACGAACGAACGAACAAACGAACGAACUUUCUGCCUUACAACACAUGUUAUUUUCUUCCAUCUCUGUAGGUUGGAGACGUUUGCUCUAGUACAUCGCCUUGUAAAGGCCAUUAUUGUGAAGACAUAUGUGAACACCCUGGUUUUAAUUGUACAUGCAGAGAUGGUAAACACGGAGAGCGUUGUGAAAAACUACGUAAGUGUUAAAUACUUGCUCUACAAAAAAUAUUUCUUUUACGUCCAGUGUAAAUAAGUAUUUGAUGCGAGCACAUGGUGUACAAUCCAAUUCUUUUAAUAAAAUCAUUAACGCAACAAUGGGGAAGUUAAUUUAAAGAUUUUUUUAAAACUGUCAGUUGGGGAGGGCGUUAAUAAUUGAGUUGGGUUGAUUUUCCUUCUGAUAAAAAGAGGAUCAGCAGUAGCUACAACCCCUCACAAAAUAUAUUGAGACAAAUUUGCAAAUUUCAAAGUUCCUCCAACAAGUUAUUAUAUAGACGCUUUCUAUAAUAGGCUCUUACAAUUUAAAUGUAUCAAAUUUAUUUUUUUCAUGUUAACAUGUCCAUGUUUACCGCAGACGCAGACUUAGGAUGUUAGGUUAUUUUGUUAGAUCCAAACAUUCUCACACUGUGCUAAUUGUUGCUGAUGUCAGUAUAACUAUUUUGUCUCCAGACUCGGAGCCCUUUUUGUGUCCUUGACAUAGAUUAUUCCGCAAAGCACACGUGUUAGAAAGUGCGUUAAUCUAUGCAUCUGAAAAAAUAGGACAGAAUGAGUGAGUUGAUAAUUUUUGCCAACUUUGCCAGUGUCUCAAUAUUUUGGUGAGGAAUUGUACAGGGGGUAGUUUUAAUAUUUCAUUCAGGUUGUAUUAUUGGACCUCCUUUAAAUCGGAUGAACGAGUGGAAAAUUUCCCAAAAUUUUGUGUUGCCCUCGACCCCCCGCCCCCUUUUUCCCUCUACAAUUAUGUUACUAAGAUUCUUUGGAAAUCCGUUGAGGCGACUUUCAGUCACUAAAAGUUAACUGUAUCUUGAUUUUCUUUAAAUAAAAAGAGUUAUUGUUUAGCAAAAUCAUGCAAGUGGAUAAACGAAAACUAUCCUGCAUUGAAAAGUGGUUAUUACGUAAUAGAACUACAAAAACCAACGUCAGUGUAUUGUGACAUGGAAAGUUUAGGGGGUGGCUGGACAAAGUUUGGCCAUGUAGUACAGAAUGGCUCCAUUUCUAAUACAGCUCUCACAGGCCAGAUAAAUUCCGAUGACAUAUCAUCUCUCAGCGACAUUUCAACUGGCAAGUUUCUCCUGUCUGUCGCUGGCUUAGCUGAUUUAAGGCUCUUUAUUAAUUUCACUCAGUUCCGGUUCUAUUGUUACAAACCCCGUCAUCACAGAACGAUCCAUAUUGCAACAACAAAUAAUAUGAGCAAUACCGAGGUUGUUGACUACCUAACUGGCAAAACUGAUUUGCGACCUCCUGCAUCUCAAUCGUAUGUGAAACUUCCUGACGACACAUCUCGUACUGCAAUUGAUUGUAUGCGUUGGGAGGGACAAAAAUGGUCAGGUUAUCAUGUAAACUUAAACAGAAGACUUUAUGAUCAUCUAAUUUAUGUACCUGGGGAGUAUCAUGUAAAUUUGUACACGUAAAGGCUCGAAUGUGAUGAUAAUGUUUAUGAGAUGGAUCCGACAAUUUCUGAAUCGAAAGGUGAAUGGCUGUUUUUUGUGCGAUAGAAAGGUACUCAUUUCGUGGCCUACGAUGGAUUUGAUGUAAUAAAAACUUAUAAAAUGAAAUGCUGCUCACUGUUUUUUAUACUGUUGUUAAUCCAUAAAUUGAAAAACAAAAAAGUUUUUUUAACGAAAAGGUUGGAGUAAUACAUAAAAGGUUUAAUCUUCAGAUCUAUCGCUUAAUAUAGUAUAGUAGCUUGGCACAGUUCUCAAAACUAUCAAAGUUUGG